AUGCGGAUGGUUCUCUUGUCUGAAGAGUUGUGUCCGAAAACAGAUGGUGAGAAACGAGAAAUGGCAAACGUUCCUUAUCAAGAGGCGAUAGGGUGCAUUAUGUAUGCUGCACAGAUUAAUCGUCCAGAUGUUUGCUUCCCUGUUAGUGCACUUAGUAGGUACAACAAUAACUAUGGUCGUGCACACUGGUCGGCAGUAAAGAGGGUGUUACGAUAUUUGAAGGGUACAAUCGAUUUCAAAUUAUUGUUUAUUCCAAAGCAAAACGAUGAAGUGGUAGGCUUCUGCUACGCCGAUUGGGCAAGUGACUUGGACAAAAGACGUUCAACAACUGGCUAUGUAUUUUUGUCACACGGCGCUGCAGUUUCUUGGACUUGUCGUCGUCAACCAACAAUAGCUUUGUCUUUUACCGAAACAGAGUUUAUGUCGAUGGUUGCAGCUAUACAAGAAGCGCUUUGGUUAAAGCGUUUUGAAACCGCAAUGUUUUUGGAGGCAUCAAAAACGAUUCUUUUGUAUUGCGAUAACCAGGGAGCAAUCAGUUUGGCGAAAAAUAAAAAUUAUCAUGCGCGCACUAAACAUAUUGAUGUUUAA